AUGGGGAAGGUUGCAGUUAGGGUGGCGGUGGUAUGUGGGGUAGCGGUAGCAGUGACAGCAGCGGUAGUGGUUCAUCGUAAAAUGAAGAAGUCAGGGAAGUGGGAGAAAGCAAUGGAGAUAGUGAAAGAGUUCGAAGAGAAAUGCGCGACCCCCAUUUCGAAACUGAGACAAGUGGCUGAUGCCAUGCUUGUAGAGAUGCAUGCGGGCCUUGCCUCUGAAGGUGGCAGCAAACUCAAAAUGCUCAUCAGCUAUGUUGACAAUUUACCUACUGGGAAUGAAAAGGGGUUGUUUUAUGCAUUGGACCUCGGUGGAACUAACUUCCGUGUGUUACGACUGCAUUUGGGAGGGAAGGGCCGUGGUAUCGUCAGUAAACAGUUUGAGGAGGUGUCAAUUCCUCGGAGUUUGAUGACAGGGACUUCAGAUGCAUUGUUUGACUUUAUUGUAGCAGAACUUGCAAAAUUUGUAGCUCAAGAAGGCAUGGAUUUUGAACUACGUCCCGGUAGGCAGAGGGAACUUGGUUUUACUUUCUCAUUUCCCGUGUUGCAAUCAUCCAUUUCUUCUGGAACACUUGUUAGGUGGACAAAAGGCUUCUCUAUAGAAGAAACAGUCGGCCGAGACGUGGUAGCAAAAUUGACGAAAGCCAUGGAAAAACAAGGCCUUAACAUGCGUGUUUCAGCUUUUGUCAAUGAUCCUGUUGGGACACUAGCUGGAGGUCGUUUCACCAACAAUGAUGUUGUUGCUGCUGUGAUCCUCGGUACUGGAUCAAAUGCCGCAUAUGUUGAACGUGCCCAUGCGAUACCAAAAUGGCAUGGUCUACCGCUAAAAUCAGGAGAGAUGGUCAUUAAUACGGAGUGGGGUAACUUUAAGUCGUCGCAUCUUCCACUAACAGAGUACGAUCAUGAACUCGAUACUGAGACUUUACACCCUGGUGAGCAGAUUUAUGAGAAGGUAACAUCUGGCAUGUACUUGGGAGAAAUAGUCCGUAAAGUCUUGCGUAGGAUGGCUGAGGAAGCUGCUUUUUUUGGUGACACAGUUCCACCGAAACUUAAAGUGCCGUUUAUAUUGGGAACACCUAUCAUAUCUGCCAUGCAUCAGGACACUUCCCCUGACCUCAAAGUGGUAGCCAAUCGCUUGAAAGACAUUCUUGAGAUAUCAAAUACCUCCCUGAAGAUGAGAAAAGUAAUUGUUGAGCUUUGCUACAUUGUAGCAACGCGCGGGGCACGUCUUUCGGCUGCCGGGAUACUAAGUAUUCUGAAGAAAAUGGGAAGAGAUACAAUGAGGGAAGGGGAGAAACAAAGGACGGUGAUAGCAAUGGACGGCGGACUAUAUGAACACUAUACGGAAUACCGUAAUUGCUUGGAGAACACCCUAAAUGAAUUGCUCGGAAAAGAGGUGUCUGAAACCGUUGUACUCGAGCUUGCAAAUGAUGGUUCUGGCAUUGGAGCUGCUAUUCUUGCUGCUUGUCAUUCAAAGUAUCUGGAAACGGAUGAGUAAAAACUGGUUCUGCAUUGUUUUUUCCAAGUUAUUUUUGAGAAAUUAUUGGCAUUCACUAUUUGUGUUUCCAUCUUGUGGUCUAAAAGUGGCUAGUGCUGCUCCAUGAAAAUAAUUCCUAAUCCUUAUUCUUUGUCAGGCAUUCGGUUCACAGAUAAGUCCAAAUUUGAUUUCUUUUGAUGUAUUUUUCUUAGUUUAUAUAUAUAAAUAUAUAUGUUUUUU